UAAAAGAGGAGAAAAGUGUGUUUAGUCACAUACUGGGGAAACCAAGAGGCUAGUGUUUUACUUCAGGGGUUGACUUCUGUCUUGACCCCCCCCUUAUGAUGGGAUCCUCUGUGGAGUUUGCCUGUUUGAUGUUGGUAGUUUUUACACUGGGAAAGAACCACUUGGCGUCUGGUGGUUGUUCGGGCAAAUGCUGCCGUAGCAGAGACCUGAGCUGUUCGACCACUGACUGGAGGAUGGACCGUGUGUUUGGGACGUGUUACUGUGACAUGGGCUGUGACAGGACCAAGGACUGCUGUUUUGACUACGCCACUGAGUGCCCAGCUCAGGACUGUGCUGUGAGCGACUGGAGCUUUUGGAGCGGCUGUGCCAAACCCUGCCAGCCCUCAGUGCGAGUCCGUGUCCGUCGCAUUGAGCAGCAGCCAAGUUACAGCGGAGUGCCCUGUCCCAGCCUGGAGCAACGAGCUGGCUGCAGGGAGUACAGAGACCACCAGGGCAACCACUGUGGACUCAACUCAGGUCCCGCAUUCAUUACCAGCAUGGAGUUUGGCAAGGGGAGGCCCAAGCAUGACAGCUAUGGAAACCCCCUGGACCCUGGGUUCUGCAUGGAAUUCACACUGAAGUCCCGGGCACACUACUGUACUGUGGCGAACCGGCCACACACACACUGGAUGCGCUACAUAACAGAGGGCUUUAAAGUGUGUGUGGCAUGUGAACCCCCUGCCAUGCGAAACAAUAGCGGCAGCUGCCAAGGAGACGGUCAGGAAUCAGACAAAGAAGCUUUGCUCCACUGGCAGGCGGUGGGGAACCCUCAGUGCCAUGGGACAUGGAAGAUGAUCCAAAAAACCCAGCAGUGCGACUGUCCGCCACAACACAGCUUCGUCUUCAUCUGAUCCAAACAAAACACCACAGAACAGUGCUCUGAUCUGGUGUCCACAAAAACAUUUCACAGCCAAGCUCCUCUCAUCAGUGGGACUGAAAUAAUGUGUGUUCAGAUCAGAUGCCUGGACACUGCGGGCUUUCAAUACUCAGAAAAGACUUAACGCUUCAUGGAGGUGCCAUUGCACUUCCAUAAAACAGCCGGUAUGUCUCUAAAAAAUACACUAAACACUAAUAUAAAAGCAUUUUCAAAUCACCAUGCACAUUUCUAUUGUUCUGUAUAAUUUUGUAGCAUCAUGUUAAGACAUUUUCACCUUUUUUUUUCAGCACACAUCAAACACCAUCAACUAUCAGUUGAUUUUUGUACAUUUUUAUUGUAACAAGCCACUGCU